UGAAUAACCAACACAUAAGAGUAAAUACGGACGUAGACAUGCUCUUUGAUCCUCCUCAUAUUGAUGAUUUUGCAGCUCUCGAUUGUGAUUAUUUAGACAUUAAUAUAAAUGCCAACAUCUGCAACUUAGCAGAUGAAAAGGAAGAACCAUUGCCUUGUGAUGAUAAAAUUCCCAAUAUUGAGUCAUUUGAUAACUCAAUAUGCUUAGAAGAAGAUAUACUUAGCGAAGAGCAGUUAUUCUUCUCUAAGUCAAAAGAAAAGAGAAGUACAGCUGAGUCUGGUGAUGUAGAGCAUGAUUCAAGUAACACCCUUCAAAAGGAAAGUGAACCUCUUUCGCCUAUGUCAUCUACUUCAGACACAAAUACUUCUGAGAAGAAAAGAUCUCCUACUGCUAAGAAAGGCCAAUUCUCAGCAAAUCUAAUGCGCAAGGAUUCGUUGCUUAAGAAAGGCCUGAGAGGAAGCAACCAGGUUAUAAAAGAAUACAUUUGUAGACAGCUCAAGACAGAAAAACCUAGCUUUAGAAGGAAGCUGAAGGAUAACAGUCAAAUAUUUAAACAGUGGUUAGAUACGCUACUACACGAAAACUUUGAAGAAGACCUGCUAAACUACGAUGUUCAAUUAAAUACUGCAAACAAAAGAGUGCUGUUUUCUAUUAUCUCCCACAUUUUAAAAGGCAAAAGGUUUUAUAAAAAGUUUAUCUUUGAUGGAAUCCAACAGAAGGAAAAGUUCCAGAUCAUCAAACAUGCAGAGGACUACUUUAGAUUUAAUGACAAAGAUAAAGGCUGUGGAGCAAGCAGAGAUUACUCUUUGAGAAGCCCUGCAAUAGCUCUGAGCAAGGUCCUCCUCCUCAAGGAUGAGCCUUCCGUCGAGGCAUUUUGGACCAAGAUAUUAGGAAGAAAAGGAGUCUCUAUUCCUGAUGUCAAUUCCUUCAAGAAGGGUAUCGCCAGUGUCAUGGAUAUCAAUAAUCUUCUAUAAUUCUGAUAAUAAUUUGUUAAAAACGUUCUAGCUUUAGGAUAAAAAAAUUUUGUAAACAUAAUGCGACAACUAUUCUCCGGGACAGUAGAGAUUUGUUUAGCCCACUAAACUACUAAUUAUGAGGGGUACUUCAAGACUCAGUUCGCAAAAAGAGUAGGCAUUGCAAAUUAAAAAGAAUAAAAAUAAACGAAAUCAGCCAAUUUUUUCCAAACCUCGAUCUUUUUAUUUAAAUUAUAUAAGUUUACGAACAUAAGACCUCAAUAAAUUUAGGAAUUUUGUCAAUAUUUAGCAGUUUUACUGCCUUAAUUUUCAAAGAAUCAGUGUAAUUAUUCUCAAGAGCUUUCUCCCACAAAAGCACUAUUCAUAUCACUUCAGAUGAA